AGUUGUGAGCUCUGUUCUAGGAAACCUUGUUUCUGAUGGGUGUCAGAUACAGUAACUGCAGGUUGAAAGUCUGAGACUGCAGAGCAUGACCUUAACAGCAUUUUGUAACCUGGUUGAAGACAUAAGUGAACGAUCUAGUUCUUAGGCUUUGAAAUAGUUUGUCUUCUUCUGCUAACAUCUUAAGUUAGGAUUACUUGUUUGUUUUAUUCAGGUCCAAAUUUUAAUUGUAAUAUUUACAUGUUUCCCUCCCAAAGAUGCCUUCAGCAACAGCUGGCAACAGUGCUGUCCAGUCUGCCAUUCCAGACCUGGGAAAUGGAAGUCAUUCUGAGGCCAUGAAGCAGAUUAUUGGUGUGAUUGACAAGAAGGUCCGCAAUAUGGAAAAGAAAAAGGUAUCUAUAGUUAUCAUCUUAGAGUUGACUCACCAAUAUGAAGAAGCAUCACUACACCUGUGGGAACUGCUUGAGGGUCGAGACAAGGCUGUAGCAGGGACCACGUACAAGUCACUGAAGGAAACCCUGGACAAAGUGCUGCAGAGUGGUUACUUUGACAGAGCGCAAACUCAUCAAAAUGGGACAUGCGAGGAGGAAGAAGAGCAAGAGGAACAGACCGUGGUGGCUGAGUCUAAAGCUGUGGAGCAGCCAUCGGAACCUGGAUUCGCUAGUGAAAAAAAUACAGAGCCCGUUAAAGUGGAAACUAUAGAGUUUGUAAACAGACAGUUCAUUCCAGAAACUACAUACAGCAGUACAGACAAAGACCAAGUCGAGGAGUGGAGUGUGGAGGCCCAGAUGGUGAAUUCACUCCAGCAUCAGCCCCCAGCUCAGCUGGCUCCAGAACAAACCAUUACUGUGAACCAAGUUUCUCCCACUCCUGAUACUGAUCCCGUGGUUAGAAAGCAGGCAGUGCAAGACCUCAUGGCCCAGAUGCAAGGGACAUACAACUUCAUGCAGGACUCCAUGUUGGAGUUUGAUGGCCAGGCGCUGGAUCCAGCCAUUGUGUCUGCGCAGCCAAUGAAGCCUGUGCAAGCUGUUGACCUGCAACAGAUGGGCGGUCCUCUACUCCACUCAGAGUCCAGACUUCCUCAGACAGCUGCAGUGUCUGGACCACAGGAAUCCUCACAAGCCUCAAUGUCUCUGUCAUCUGCACCGUCUCCUGCCCCAUGUUCUCUGUCCUCUGCCUUCCCUCCUGUCUCCAAACCCACCCUCACUGGAGGCAUCAAUGUCAACGCAGCACCUUUCCAGUCAGUGCAAGCGGUAUUUAACAUGAAUGCACCUGUACCUCCAACUACCGAUGGCCAAGCAGACCCCUUGAAGCAGCCUAGCCAGUUCCCUGGUGGCUAUGGACAGGCCUUUAGCAGCCAGCCAGAAAAUGUGGUCGACCAGCCUGACAUCCCACAAGAAAGAUUACAGACAGUUGUUAAUGCAUUCCAGCCCCAGGACCAGAUUAUGUCCUCAACGCCAGGACAUGAAGAUCCCUCUGUAGGUGCAGGGUUUGGGCAGUCUGGUCAGUCCUUCUACAGCAGCAGAGCUGUGCCAAGAGGUGGACCCAGGAACGCUCGUGGCGUUAUGAAUGGAUAUCGGGGCUCCUCGAAUGGAUUUAGAGGUGGAUAUGAAGGCUACCGUCCACCGUUCUCAAACGCUCCCAGCAGUGGAUACGGUCAAACUCCGUUCAACACAUCUCGGGACUAUUCCAGCAGUACCUAUCAGCGGGAGGGAUAUCAGCAAGGCUACAAACGUGGAGCAGCCCAAGGACCUCGUGGUUUGUCCCGAGGUAAUGUGCAGGCAAUGCGAUCCUAAAGGAUCCCGGGGACCGUCGAAUUACGCCACGUUGAACAUUCAGGAUUUUUUGAAUGUGUUUGCCCCAGCUCACUUUUAUAACAAUGUUUUGUUUCUCAUCGGUAAUCUUAUUUUUUUAACUCCUGGCCUACUUAUCAGUCAGCCUGCUUCGGUCUGUCUAGAUCUUUUUGAUGUUUUGUCACAAAAAUGCUGAAAUUAACUACAUGUAGGAUUAUCAGCAAGUACGUGUGAUGGAAAAACAACAAAAAGAUAUUCCUGUAAACUUGAAAGAUUUCAUUAAUUUAUUUUUUGUACAAAAUAAAUGCAAAAAAUACCCCGUCACUGUCUAUUUGAUUCCAUGAGUGCUGUAAGUCACUUGUUACUCCCUUUAUAAUUUUCAUCAAAACGUUUAAUUUUCUUGUUUGUUUGUUUUUUUUUUUAAACUCCUGUGUCCCUGCCUGCAUCGUCACCUCUUUGUACACUGUUAUUGAUUGAGACUGUUUCAAUAAAGUUGUGCCCUAUUA